UCAUUUUACUCAAACAACACACAGGAUUGACUUUUUGAUUGUUUCAUGUGUCUCUAAAUGAGCUGCAGUGGAAGCUUAUAUAAAUUUUUGUUAUGAAUUAGAAUAAUACUUUGUAUAAUCAAUGAAGCCCAUUUCUGUGUUUUCGAUGUACUUAUUACCAAGGUUAUUCACUGGACAUUGAGAACAGAGAAGCAUUGAUUGUUUUGAAUGAAAGUCAUUUCAGUAAUGAGUUUUCAUACACAUGGAACCAGAACUCUGACCUGUACUGGUCAGAAUGAGGAGUGAUGCUGUGUACUACAUCAUGUGCAUCUAGUGAACAUAGUGAAAGUCAAUGUAAUUAGAAUGAGAUCUUUGCUCUGUUCCAGUUUAUUGACUGAUAGGUGUCGCCAGCUAGGAAGCAAUGAGUUUAACAAAUUAAACAAAUUCAAUGGGGACCAAUGAAUAUGAAAGUAGCAGUGAGCCUAUUAACAUUGAGAGGCCCUUACAACCACACUGCAGUUGUUCAACAGGAUGUGUCCCUCAGUUGUAAAUUGUUGAAGGAUGGCAAAGUUGUCAUCAAUCUUCACCAAGUUGGGGAACCAUACAGACUUGUCUGGAAUUUUACAGGGAUAGGGGAAAGCUUGCCUCGGACGAUACAUGAAGUUUACAGUAACGGGUUAGCUUUACCAGCAUCCUCCACCAAGUUCAACAAUAGUCGCUACAAGACAGACUUUGACACUACGCUUCAUGUGACAAACAUUUCUUUCUCAGAUGCCGGAACUUAUACCUGUACACUUAACAACAUUAAUAGCAAAUCAUUUGAACUGUAUGUGAUUGAAAAACCUCACUGUCAUAACUACAAUAGUAGUGUUCUAAUAAACCAAGAGGCCUAUUUCGACUGCAGUGUGAAUUUCCGUGGAAACCAGCCAGCUAAACUAAGUUGGAGGCAUGGCAACAAAGCACUGAAUUUUUCUGUUGAUUUUGAAAACGAUACCUAUGCCUUAGCGCGUAUGUCAAUGGUUGCCACAGAAGAAGAUGACGGAAAUGUGUACAUUUGUCAUGUGACAUUUCCUGGUGUGCAUAAUGGAUUUAUCUGCCAAACUCUUCCAAAGCUGACUGUCUACUUCCCAGUAAAAGAGACUGACAUUAUCCUAAAUCCAUACAAAAAAGUGUAUGAAGAGGGGAGCCAUAUAAACCUCCGCUGCAUAGCCAUUGGAGAGCCCCACCCACAUUACAAGUGGACCUUUACUCCCCUUGCUGACCCAGUUAAGGAGUCUGUGAGGUCUACACAUCCAGCAUACAAAAUCAUCAACGUCCACAAAAAUGACACAGGAAACUAUACCUGCAGUGUUCACAAUGAGAUAAAUCAUACAAUUUAUACGGAUACCAAAAUUGUCUUCAUAGAUGUUAUUGAAAACGAAGUAUCAACUGUAAAACCAAAAUACAGACAGAUGCCAGAAUCUACAAGUGUCAAGGACAGCAGUGGAGACAUUAGCUUGUCUGCCUAUGCUGUGGGUGCAGUGGUCAGUGCGGUGUUGGCCAUUAUGCUGAUUGUUGUUUUCAUAUUGCUGGCCAUCAAGUUUAGGGCAAGAGAGAGAAGAUACCGAGAAAGAAUGACGCUGGUACAGGAUGAUUUUACAGAUGACCAGGAACAGGAGUUGUUAGAUGAUAACGUCAUCUCAAACGGGGGAGGUGAGGAGGUAAGGAAGAAACCGACCCAACACAUGAAGGGUCAGUACAGACGGUUAGGCCAGUACUGGGAAAUACCCAAGAGAGACGUACGUCUGAUGGAUCUGAUCGCAACAGGGUCAUACUGUGAAGUCUGGAGGGGAAGAAUGAGGAAGCACUCAGACAGCACUGAUGUCCUCCGUGUGGCCAUCAAGAAAAUGCUAGAUGAUGCCUCAGAAGUAGGGAGGAAGUUCUUUUUGGCAGAAAUGGAAGUGUUGAAAACUCUGAAGGCCCACAGUAAUGUGAUCACACUUAUUGGAUGUUACACGUUGAAUGAGCCGUGGAUGUUGAUGCUGGAGUACGCACAUGAGGGAACUUUACAGAAAUACCUAAAGAAGCACAGACCUGGUUCUCGUCAUGUAGAAAUCCAGUCUCAGGAAUCAGUUCGACUGAAGAAUUACAAGAUAGAUGCCAAAAAACUCCUGUCUCUGGCUUCUCAGGUAGUCAGUGGAUUGCUACAUUUGACAAAGUAUAAGCUCAUAUACUACCGAUUGUCAGCCUCUAGUGUCCUGGUGGCCAAAGGAGGAGUCUGUAAGCUCUCGGGCUUUGGCUUUCAGAAAGAAAUCACCGAAAGAAAUAUGUAUGAAAAGGAGUCACUUCCUGUUCGCUGCAUGGCACCAGAAUCCUUGUCACAGAAUGUCUUUGACCUGAAGACUGACACGUAUGCCUUUGGUGUACUGAUUUGGCAGAUUAUACAUUUCGGAUUAAAGCCUUAUCCCGUAAUGGACAUUGAAGACGUGAAAGAAAAAGUUAUCUCAGGAUAUCGCAUGCCUCAGCCACAUCACUGCAGUCAGGAACUGUUUGCCUUAAUGGAACGAUGUUGGUGCUGUAAUCCUGAUGAGAGACCCCUGUAUCCGGAUAUCUAUCAAGCUCUGACAAACCUGCUGACUAACAGUGAUGCAAACAUUGUUCUGGAUAAUCUUCCAGUCCUGUCAUCCUUAGAGAGUGAUGCAGAGCAUACAAUGUGAAGAAAUGGGGCUUUACGUGUUCAAUAAGGGUAUUGCAUUACAAGAGGCAUAAUUUACAAGUUGUAGUAGGUUUAUGCUGUUGAAAAUGCAUGUAGAUCUGAUAUUGACAGAAUCAUGACACUUUAUAUUUGCAAAUUCUGUGUUCCACAGAAAACUUCUAAACACAAGUGACACUUUCAGAUAAGCCACCUGAUGAUUUGUAAUUAAUACAUCUAGCAAAGUUCUUUUGCUUCAAAUGAUUUUUUAAAAUUUUUUAUUAAAAGGUAAAUGUUGUACACAUUUUAUAACAGAAGUAUAUCUAUGAAGUGAAAAUAUUCAAAAUUUACAGAAAAGGUUGUUUUCACUGUAAAUAAAGUAAUAUGCUUAAAACUCUCUAAUGGGAGGAGCAAAUCUGUGAAUGUCAGUUUCUCCUGAAUACCUCUAAACCACUACAUGGAUGAUUUGAAAAGCUACUGAUUUGGAAUUAAGGAGGAACAUCUUUGUUUUGGUACAAUUUUAUAAUGAGCUUUUGUUAGAACAGUUCACUGAUUCUGAGAAAAUAUACGUAUUUGUUUAGAUAUAUUGUACGCUGCAUCCAAAUCUUGAUCUCUUGAAAUAUAUUUUUGAAAAGGUCGUCUUUCCCGUCCACUUGCUAUAUUUUCUAUUCACAGUCACACACAUAUCUAACCUUUUUUUUCUACAAAUAUACUGUAUAUACUUUUGAAAGGGUAAUUUGUGCAAACGUUUUAUUACAUAUAGAUAAGCAGAUGUAUGUAUUUUUUAAUACUUUAUUCUGACAUACUUGAAUGUCGUAUCAUAUCAGAACUGGCAUGAUAGUUUGAUACAUGUAUAUGCCACGUUUUGUUAUACAAAUAGUUUAUACUGUAUAGAGGGUAAUUUUUGCCCUGUGUUAUUUUCACAGACACAUCAAAAAUUAAUCUCCGAGACAUCUCAUUUUAGAUUCACCCAGAUUCAAUUCAUAGCAAAAAAUUAAUCUCCGAGACGUCUCAUUUUAGAUUCACCCAGAUUCAAUUCAUAGCAAAAAAUUUAUUUAGAUUCAUUAAGUUGAAAAUUUGUUCUCGUACAAUGAGAGUGAAAGUAGAAAGGAGGCAAUUAUUUAUUUAGAUUCAUUAAUUAAGUUUAAAAUUUGUUCUCGUACAAAGAGAAUGAAAGCAAAAAGGAGGCAAUAAUUUAUUUAGAUUCAUUAAGUUGAAAAUUUGUUCUCGUACAAUGAGAAUGAAAGUAAAACGGAGGCAAUUAUUUAUUUAGAUUCAUUAAGUUGAAAAUUUGUUCUCAUACAAUGAGAAUGAAAGUAGAAAGGAGGCAAUAAUUUAUUUAGAUUCAUUAAGUUGAAAAUUUGUUCUCGUACAAUGAGAAAUUUAGAUUCAUUAAGUUGAAAAUUUGUUCUCGUACAAUGAGAAUGAAAGUAGAAAGGAGGCAAUAAUUUAUUUAGAUUCAUUAAGUUGAAAAUUUGUUUUCGUACAAUGAGAAUGAAAGUAAAAAGGAGGCAAUUAUUUAUUUAGAUUCAUUAAGUUGAAAAUUUGUUCUCAUACAAUGAGAAUGAAAGUAGAAAGGAGGCAAAUAUUUCUGAUUAUACAGGGAAUAUGAGGGAAUUUUUUGUUUUUAUUUUUACUCUGUUACAUAUACGGAACUUGAUUCCAGUUUUAUGGGGGCUGUGUGAUAUGUGAAAGACAUCAGCUCUAUCAGGGUCUGGUUAAUACGGAUCCAUAGUAGUGCUGAAUACUUACAUUCAGGUUUUGUUUUGGCAUCACAAUUCUUGUAACAUUAAAAUCACUAGAAUAAAGACUCGGAGACUGGUCUGUUAAAGUAGAGACACUCCUCUUCUUUGCUACAUGAACUUAGUAAUGUCCAUAUAUACAACCUUUUGUAAUAGAUAAGAGUUGACUUUACAUAUUUACUUGUCACAACCAGGAUCUAUCAAAAUCUACUAACUUUAAAACAGACCUGGUAAUAUACCCCAAGUUUUUUAUUGUAGAAACAAGGUAGGGUGCAAGUGAAUUGUACCUGAAAUGUUACGAAAAAUUAUAUACAAUGUAUUAUUGAAAUACGUUGUGUAUGACCUUUUAAGGUUUAAAAAUUGAGUAUUUAGAGAGAUGAGAGUGAUUUUCAGGAGUGCUCGAGUAUUUUUUAGUUUUUACAGAUGGUUUCACAUUUAGUGUAGUACAUGUAAAUGCAAGGUGAAGAUAACGCACAGUGAUCAAUCUCAUAACUCCUAUAAGUAAUACAAAAUAGAUAGUUGGGCAAACACGGACCCCUGGACACACCAGAGGUGGGAUCAGGUGCCUAGGAGGAGUAAGCAUCCCCUGUUGACCGGUCACACCCGCCGUGAGCCCUAUAUCCUGAUCAGGUAAACGGAGUUAUCCGCAGUCAAAAUCAGUGUGGGUAAUGUAAGUGCUUUAUGGAUAUAAAAAUGUCAUUAUCUACAUGUACUCCUUUUAUGAAAUUGUUAUAAACUUCUUUCAGAUAUUUGUGCAUUUAUAUCUUUCUUAAUCCAUGAAUCUUGACCAAAAUGAUGAGAUCUUGUAUAUCAUAAUAAAUAUGUAUAAUGAUUUCUUUAGAAGUAUUUGAUAUAAUGAUUUCUUUAGAAGUAUUUGAUUCGCCAAACAAAAGAUGUCCACUUUGAUUUGGUAUGAUGCAGUCCAAUUUGAAUCAAAAUUUCUUGUCAUUAUGAAAUUGUCACAGAUCUCUCAAACAUGCUUAUUUAAAUGACAUAGUUAUGUCAGAGUCUGCUUUUUGAAAUUGAGGUCCAUUACUUGAAGAAAAUAUGUUUAUCUUUUUAAGAAAGCAUAUUAAAUGUAUAUAGAAUUAUAUUCAUUCAGAAUUCUAUUGUUUGUCACUGAGGUAACCUAUGGCUAUUAGUUUGCGUCCAUCGUUGUGCAUUAACAAUUGCAUAAUGUUUAACUUCUUCUUGAUAAUGCUGUACCAUUCCAUUUCUUUUCAAAUUUGGCGGAAAGCAUCUUUGGGACAAAGGGGUCAUAAAUUGUAAUUUCAGGACUCCUGCACUCUCGGGGCCUUAGUGCAGGGACAAAAACUGCCAAAAAUUUACCAAUUUUGAAAAAUUCUUCUUUACAACCACACAUCUUUAAGAAAAACUACAUGCAUAGUCAGGUAGAGCAGGGAGGCCUCAACCAAAUUGUAAAUUCCAUGAUCCCCAGGGUAGAGAUUCUGACUUCAAAGCAGGACCAAAUUUGGCAUAUGUUUUUUUUUGUAAAAUAUUUAAAUAACAUCUUAAAUGCUAUUGAUACUAAAUUGAAACUAAAUGGAUACUUAAAAGGAGCAGGUAGCCCUUUACCAAAAUUAGAAAUUUCCAGGGUGGGACCAAAUUUUGUUAUUUGAAAGACUUCUUUGAUUUUGCUGAUACUGUGUAAAGGCAAAUGCCUAUUGAAGAAAAGAUAAAAAGGGAUAUACCAAAAUUGUAAAUUUUGCAACAUAUUCUGUAAAAUCUUUCAUUAAUUGACUGCUUACUCUUUCUAGGCACCUGAUCCCACCUUUAGUAUUUCCAGGGGUCCAUGGCCCUACUCUUAAUUUUGUAUUCUUUAUAUGAAUUAUGAGAUUGAUCACUGUUUGGUAUCUUCACCUUUUCAUAGCCCUUGGGGCUUGUGAUAAUUUUGGCUAAUAAAUUCCCUGGUGACCGAUAAGGCCUGUGGGCCUCUUGUAAUUGAUACUCGAUAAUUUAAAAAUAAUGAUAUUUAAAACAUUAAAGUGAGGUUAGUAAAUUUUCAAUAUUUAUAAUUCCAAAACUUGUGCAAUAUCCAACAAACAUAUAUAUAUAUAUAUAUAUAUAUAUAUAUAUAUAUAUAUAUAUUAGCUUUUGAAUGAAAUGUCAUUCCCAGUAAUUUAUAUGUACAUGUAAUUUCUAUACAUCGCUGAAUAUUCUACUAAUAUCUGCAAUAAUGAUGCAUGACACAAAAACACAGGGUGUUCCAAAAAUAUUAUUUUGUUCUUGGAAUUUUUUGUUACUUAGUUAUCCCAAUAUAUUUUUGUUACUGUAUGUAGUUGUAGAUUAAAGAUGUUCAAGUUUAUUGUUGUUAUUAUUUUUUAGUUAUCUGCAUAUUACUCUUGUAUGAAGUAAUUCAUAUUUUAACAUUUCUAUUGGUAAAAAUGGUACAGUAACUUAUUCUUUAAUUUGCUAUGAUUAUUGGAUUAGAGAGAUUAUGAGUCAUGUGGCAUGCAUUUUUUGUUAUUAACAUAUACACUGUUUUCAUGUUUAUCUUGUGUGUAUCAUGUUUAGUGAUAGGGUACUAGUUUAACAACAGCAGAUUAUGCAGCGAAAUAUAAAAAGAUAUGAAAUGUUCCAGUGGCAAUCAUUGUAGACUUGAAGUCUAAACUGAUAUGUGAUGUAUGUACAUGUAUGAUGAAAGAGAAAGGUGGGGGGGGGGGGGGGGUAGUUAAAACGUAGUAGUCUGUAAAUAGUAGUAAACAUAGUAAUUUGUACUGUUGUAUGUUUUACAAAUAAUAUAGUUGUACUUCAGUAAUGUGCCAUUUUCAGAAUCUGAAGCCAAUUAGCGCUGCUUGUUAAUGUUGUUAUAAAUAAGACGCGCACACUGCUUUGUUUCUUUUUGCUUUCUGCAAAUUAAUUGAAAUAAAAUAUUGAUGGCAACAUG